AUGUUAGAUUAUCAAGAUUAUCAUAAUAAGACACGUGAAAAUGCGAAUGCUCCAAAACUUGUCUAUAAGUGUUUGGGUGCACCCGUAUUAGCCGAAACUCAAUGGCGAAAGCCGGUAUGUGGCCUUGCUGAAAAAACGCAAGGAAUCGAUAGAAAAUCGAAUGUUAAUCAUAGCAUGGACGACAGUUAUUUCGGCAGACUACUUCUCUCGGCUAUCAGAAAUAUUAAGCUGAAUGCCACUAUAAAUAAUCGUUCUGGUUAUAAAUCUAAUCCAUUCUAUUUCAUCGAUUCCAGAGCGCCACAUUAG